AUGGAUUCCGGGUUAAAAUUGGCGAUGGCAGCUUUCUUGCUUCUGGGUAUGUUGAGCUUCGUUGUUGACGCAAGACUUCCGGUGAAGAGCAUUAUCAGGGGACCAGAUUGCGUAGGCAAAUCAGAAGAUAGAACGUACAACAAAAGAGUGGGACGUCUAAUAGACAUUUUGGUCGAUGAGACGAAAAAUGUGCGACGUGAAAAUUAUAACGAUUAUAGUUACGUUCAUAGCUAUCCCAGCCGUGAUAGCGGCUCUGUCAUUGGUGGCGCCACUUGUGAUAGGCAGCUCUGGGAACUGGAUUGCUGGUCAUGUUUGGUGACCGCCAAGAACAAGCUUAACGACAACUGUGGCCACACCCAUGACGCUAGGAUCGAACUCGCGGAUUGCUCCAUUUGGUAUAAAAUGAUUCAUUAA